AGGUGACAAACAAGGAGUAAAAAUACAAAAUAAAACAGGAAACAGAACAUCAGUAUCUAGAAACAAGGGAAAACUAGAAAACAGAAAACCCGAAGACAAAGUCCACAGUGUAACAAAACCCCCAAACCAUGACAAUUUGUAGGUGAGCUAUGUUAAAAUAAUAGGAACAUGCUGAUGUACUCUGCUCUUGUGCAGUAGAUCAGGAUGUGGUAAAUCAGCAAGAUGUGCUGGGAACUUUUUUUAAACUCCUCUGAAGCCAUAAGCACGCUUGUGUGUACCCGAUUAGGGAGGAAGCACUGAGAAACUAAGAGAAGGUCUGACGUAUGCGGCUACCAAGGAAGGAACUUGAAACUGUACACUGUCUUAACUGUAAACAGUUAGUGUCUGACCUGCCUUAAAUUUUUGAGUUGAUUGAAUUUGAAAAUACAAGUUGAAUCAUUACAAAACUUUCUCAACUUGCCUGUUUUAAUUCAGCCAACUUAAAAAUGAAUAAAUAAAUAAAAAUACUUCUGACAGUGAAGCUUGAGGAGCACUCAUCAUCACUCUAGUGAGUGUUCUCCAUGUCUAGAUUUUAGGUCCUCAAAAGGCUCAUGAAGCCUCUGUUAGUUAUGAGUCUCUCUCCAAAUUGAUUAAAACGCUUUUGAGCUUAAGAAAUUGUUGUUAGAGUAAGAAGAACAAAAACACUGCUAACGCAGCAAAACAAUGGACUGAAACAUGUACCAGGUUUCAUUGGCAGUAACAUCCCCAGUUUGUUAUUCUGUCUAAGGCAGAAUGAUUAUUUUAUUAGAUAUAUUUCUAUAGAUUCAGUUAAUAUACCUAUACUAUAAUAUGCCUUUUUUUGGUUGUUACUUGUACUAUGCACAAAGCAUGCUUCCUGCUCUGAGCACAACUCUUCACAUUGGGCCAACCCCUUAGCACCACUUAACCCUGCCCACCCAUGCCAACUGAAAAGCAUGCAUGCCAGACAACACACACAAUGCACAUACACAAGCAAGUACUGUUCUAGUUAAGUGCCAUGGUGAUUCAGAAUACACAAUCCCACCAGUAACCAUGAAUUCACCCUGGAGGUGGGAGAUGCUCCUUAUCAGCCUGUGGAUACAAGUGGGCGCUGUGCCUGGGAUACAUUGCAGGGAUGGGACUGUCAAUCAUCUGUCAAGGGAAGCAGAUAUUUUGCUCUUAAAGGAUGAGCAGGAUCCAAAAUGUUUCACCCGGACAGAAGAGGAUUUCACCUGCUUCUUUGAGACUGCAGACAACAACACUUAUGAUUUACUCUACAGCCCGCCAGAGAAAAGACGUGAAAUGUCUGUCCAGAGAGGAGAGGACGGAACCUUCCUCCACAUCUACUCAUUUCCUGAGCGGGAUGUUUUAUUGUUUGUGGGCAUGCACCUUGAAGUGGUGGAGCACAACACCAACACCAGCAUCUACAGUCGGACUGUCUCUGUGGAAGACCACUUGCUUGUGGACCCUCCCUUCAGUGUUUCUUUACACCACAAUGGCCGAGCAGGACAGCUGCAGGUUUCAUGGCAGACAAAUGUUAUGAAAUACUGGAAAGAUUAUAUGAGGUCUAUGGUUCGAUACUUCUCCAAGGGGCUGGGAGAGAAGACAAAAGAGGCAAAGACUGGCGACAUAUUAGACUCUCUGGCACCAGGGGAGGAGGUUGAGGUCCAAGUUAAGAUCAAAUGUGCCUUUAACUCAGAUGCCGGACACUGGAGCCGUUGGUCAGCCCCUGUGCGAGCUGUGGUCCCCCAAAGUGCAGAUGAUACUUCACUAACAUGCUACACGACUGACCUACAAAAUAUAACCUGCCGGUGGAAUAGGAGCAGAUAUGGGGAAGAGAAUGAGUAUAAACUUUUUUACAAGAUGGGUCUCAGUGAAGCUUUGGGAUGGACAGAGUGGACCAAGUGUCUCGCUGACAGGGACUUGACUGAACUGUGCCGCUUUCGUGGAGAUGAGUCCAGAAAAAUCAGGGUGAAGCUCAGCAGCAGUUCAGCUCCGAUUAACAGAACCUUCUAUACUCAAGACUUCACUCUCAACAAGAGUAUCAAAACAUCCCCACCGUAUCAUCUGAGAGGAGCACUACAGAAAGACAGGUUGUGCUUGAAAUGGGAAGCUCCUCUUUUGUCUCUGUCAGCUCACCUGCAGUAUGAAGUUGGCUACCAGAUCAAGGAGAGUGAAGCAUGGAUGACGGUGUCCCUAAAGGGUCCUGAGACCAGCGCAUGUCUAGAGGUUCCAACAGGUAGCCAGUACAGUGUUAAGUUAAGAGCUAAACCCAAUGGUUCCAUUUACUCAGGCUACUGGAGUGACUGGUCAGAUGUGGUAACUGGUGACACCCCCACUGACAUAGGCAUAUUACUCGCGCUCGUGUGUAUCCCUGUCUCAAUGCUGAUUAUUGCACUCAUCUUCAUCUCCAUGUUUUCCACAUACUUCAGCAAGCUCAAGCAUUAUUUUUGGCCGCCGGUACCUGACCUUGACAAAGUCCUUCAAAGUUUUCUGACAGACAUUAACGAGCCAAAAUGGAAUCCUCCAAUAACAGCAAAGCAGUGCCCUGAGGAGACCACUUCAUCUGUGGUGGAGAUUAUGUCUGAAGACGAGGUUUCCGAAUUAGGGAAGCCAUCAGAGGAAUCCACCCAGCUCCUGUCACCAGAAAGCCUUGGGAUUGAAAUCUUUCCAGACUAUGUGACUCUGAACAAAGACAGUGUCAUUCUCUGCCCAAACGGAAACAAGUAUGUCUACGAGGACAUUGGAGAGAAAGACGCCCUGGGGGCGAGAGAUGAGCUCUUCCAAACAUGUCACUGUCCCUCCACUGAUGGAUCAGCCAGCUUAGGCAGUGAGUUUCUUAACAGUUCCUACUUGCCCCAGGCUGAGCCUGCAGACAGCUUCGACUGCAAGUUCACCAGUGUGAGGGGGCCAGGAAACCUCUAUACUAAUCUCCCCUGCAGCUAAAUGUUCAGUUGUACUUUUUUACCACUGCUGGUGCACAUUAGAUGUAUACACUUUUUUUUAAGUUUGGGUUGGAGUUUUUUUGCACUUAUUUUAUAGGACAGCUAAGUAUAAAAGGGGUAGAGAUAUAGGGGAUAACAGUUCACGUUUUAGGUUUAAAUGCUGUUAAAAAUAUUAAGAUAU